AUGGCCACCAACAUCACCUGGCAUCCGUCCCUCUCCCGCCGCGAGCGCAACCAGCUGCGCUCCCAGCGCGGCCUCACAAUCUGGCUGACGGGCCUCUCCGCCUCGGGCAAGUCCACCGUCGCCACCGCCCUGGAGCAGCACCUCCUGCACCUGGGCCUCUCCGCCUACCGCCUCGACGGCGAUAACGUGCGCUUCGGCCUCAACAAGGACCUGGGCUUCUCCGAGGCCGACCGCAACGAGAACAUCCGCCGCAUCGGCGAGGUCGCCAAGCUCUUUGCCGACUCGGCCACCAUUGCCAUCACCUCCUUCAUCUCGCCCUACCGCGCCGACCGCGAUCUUGCGCGCCAGCUGCACGCCCAGACCAACCAGGACGCCGACGAGCCCAUUCCCUUUAUCGAGGUUUUUGUCGACGUGCCCCUCGAAGUGGCUGAGCAGCGCGACCCCAAGGGCCUGUACAAAAAGGCCCGCGCUGGCGAGAUCAAGGAGUUCACUGGCAUCUCUGCGCCGUAUGAGGAGCCUUUGAACGCCGAGAUUACAAUCAAGACUCACGAGAAUACCGUCGAGGAAUGCGUUGCGCAGAUCACAAACUGGCUCAGUGAAAAGGGCUACAUUAAGAGCGCAGAGGUCAAGAAUUAA